CACUAGCUUGACUAGCAACAUGUUUGGCCACUAGCUUGACUAGCAACAUGUUUGGCCACUAGCUUGACUAGCAACAUGUUUGGCCACUAGCUUGACUAGCAACAUGUUUGGCCAUUAGCUUGACUAGCAACAUGUUUGGCCAUGAUUUUGGCAAAUCGGCCAAGGCCGUCCUUUUGCUUCUCUUAGCUUCUUCGGUUUCUAAAUGCAGUGGAACCUCGGCUAGCGUCCGCCAAAGUUAGCAUGUUAGUCAAAUUUCGGCCACAAUUUGGCGUCGGUUUGCGUGCAUCCUCCAUUUGCAUACUGUACAAUAUGGCGCCUAAUGUCAUGUUAUUAAUACACUGGCGAGUCCGCAUGUUUGUUUUUUAUGGUCCUUCCUCGUUAGCCUCCUAUUAGCUAGCAAGCCAUGAUGAGACGUCAGCAGCCAACAAAGACCGGAGGAGAACCCGCCAUGGCUGCAUCUAAAGGUCAUCUAAAGGUCAUUGCCAGACCUAGGCUUCAUGGGCUGACCCCGCGGGUGAAGGUGCGCCCACUACAGGGGAGAGAGAGAAAGACUGGCAUGGUGACGUCAGAAGAGGAAGCCUAAAAGGUCAAUGAAAAGGUCAAUGAAACGCUUUCAUCCGUGCCAGUGAAGACCAGAUCAGUCGGUGCCUGGCUCAACAGCACCCGAACAGGAAGCGCCGCCGCCUUUGAUGAAGAACCGCCACGGUGAACAUGACGAGAAAACCCCCUGGGUGACCUAGAAUCAUCACAUCUAAGAAAGUGGAGCUUUGUCGUGCUGACGGCCGCUGUGGUUAAACGAGGAGGAUCAAACAUGACAUCAGCAGCAGCGAGCAGGAUAAAGGACCCUGAGGGAUGCCAUCGCUUGUCAAUCACACAACUUGAAGCUGAGAGCACCUCCGAAGUGCGACUGCGAAGAUCGAAAGAAGCGAGUAGGAUGCUUUGGUUGCUAAACGCCGCCAUCGCGAUGGUGAUGUUGAUGUCGGCGACGGCGACGGCGACCCCAGCAAAGACAGCCAGGAGGUCCUCCGGUCCAGCCAUAGAAACGGUCCCCGUGCAGCUCAACCCCAACGUCUUGGUUCCUUCCCGACCGUUCCGGCCGCUGCACAACGACUCCAUAUCGCCGUGGACUUACAACGACUCCCACGACGUCUCGGUGUUCCCACCCGUGUCCGAGGCCCGCUGCCUUCUGCGAGGCUGCCUGGACUCCGAUGGCGUGGAGGACCUGACGCUCAAGUCGGCCCCCAUCCUGCACCAGGUUCUGCUCCUGCACCGCCUCAAGUCCGGGGGCAAGGAGCCGGGGUACCACUACCGCUUGGAGCCCCGCCUCAUCGCUGUGGGGUGUACUUGCGUGCGCGACCCUGUCCGACGGCAAGGACAGUGAUUGACAUGUACCCCCCCCCCCCCCCACACCAUUCACGCCCCCCCUCCAAGUAGGUCAGGGUCAUUUAAUUUAUUUCACGUCUGUAGAGCCACAUCAUCAUCAUCAUCAGCUAAUUAGCCUCCUCUUAUUUAUGCUAUUCCACUACUUCCUGUCUGUGGGCUCGUCUCAUUAAACACAUCUGGAGCAUGGAAUGGAAUGGAAUGGCCUUUAUUGUCCUUUAUUGGCCUGUAUUGUCCUGUAUUGGCCUGUAUUGGCCUUUAUUGGCCUGUAUUGGCCUGUAUUGGCCUUUAUUGUCGUUAUACAAGAUGGACAACGACAUUGGAGCAUGACUGUGCAGAAUGGUUUGCUGACUCGGUGAAAAGUGGGUCCAUCUUGACUCUCGGUUCCAUUUUUGGUUGAGCCGCAACAUCCAAUUCCUCUCUAAUUUCUAAUUCGUUCAUGGUUUUCUGGUUUGAAAAUGUAAAUAUCCUCCGACUCCAACUUGGUUAAAUUUCCUUAGUCGUCCACGAAAGCAGACAUUUUAAAACCGACACUCACUCAUCAUCUUUUGUUCUCAUUACAAUAUGAUACAAUAUUUGGACUUUAUUAGCAUUACAUUGUCAACUUUCUUCUUGUACAUUUUAUUUUGGUAAUCAUGACUUUAUUCUCUUAAGUUCCUGCGUAACCAAAAAUGACAACUUUAUUCAUUGCUUUGCUUUUCAUAAUAUUACAAAGAAAAAUAACAGCUUUCAUUUUUAAUUUUCCCGUACAAUUAGGACUUUUUGACUUCACUCUUUCAAAAUGACUGAGUUUGCCAUUUUUGAUGUUUUUCUACUUAAAUUUAAUUUAUAAAAAUGCCCCCUAAAUAAUUUGAUAUAUUUUAUUGAUUUUUUUUUACAAAAAAAAUCUGACAAAUUUCAUAUAAUAGGGCAAAUGCAGGCUAAUAAGCAAGCCAAUAAGCAGGCUAAUACUAGCCUAUGACUACUACUAGUAGUAGUAGUCGUAGAAUAAGUAGUAGAAGAUUAGUACAAGUAAUAUUACUAGAAUAAAGUCGUAAACUUAUGAGAAAUAUUACUAGAAUAAAGUCGUAAACUUAUGAGAAAUAUUACUACAAUAAAGUCAUAAACAUAGGAGAAAAAACCCCAUAAAUUUAUGAG